AUGUAUGAUGCACAUUUAUUAUUUGGAAGGCCUUGGCAGUAUGAUAUGUAUGCAAUUCACAAUUGUUUUGAGAAUACAUAUACCUUUUUCAAUGAUGGAAAGAAGAAAACUUUAGUUCCUUCUAAAUCUACAGCUAUUUACAAAGAGCAUAGCGAUGGCAACACAAGCGCAUUAGUGGCAAGCAUUGUAAAACAGUUGCGAACACAUUCUAUUAGUUCACAUGAAGAGUCUAAACCAAUGAUAGUCAUACCAGAAAAGGUGAAACCUUUGAUCAAUCAGUUCCAUGGUUUAUUUCCGGACGAACUACAAAAAUCUUUUCCUCCUUUAAGAGAUUUACAACAUCAUAUAGAUUUUAUUCCAGGUGCAACUAAUCAUGUUCAUUACAGAUUAAGCCCUAAGGAGCAUGAGAUUCUGCAAGGACAAGUGAAUAAUUUAUUGGAGAAAGGUUUGAUCAGGUUGAGUAAAAUUCCUUGUGCUAGUCCAGCAUUUCUUGUCGACAAAAAAGAUGGAGGAUAG